CAGCCGAGAUCCCUCCACUCGCAGUCAAUCCCCUUCCGUGCGUGCGCCGCCGCCCGCCGCCCUUCCCCCGCGACCUCGACGGCUGAUGCUGCUCGGCGCCCUCGGCCGCGAUUUUAACCGCGCCGUCACCACGGUCCUCGGCCACCGCUCUUGACCUCGACUGGUUUUUGCUCCCCCGCGCCCCCUCGAUGCCCACCGCCGAUGAGCUGGGCACCCGGCAGCUGGCGCUCGUCGCCUUCGCGAAGCUCUCUGAGUACGAGCCCACCGCGUCCUCCUCGCUGCCCUCCGCUCCUACCGCUGACCUCCCGCCGCUCCUCAGCUGCUGCUUCCAGUUGCUGCGUCUCCUGGAUCACACCGACCCCGACCUGGCGCCAGAUGCGCCACCCGGCUCCGCGCCUUCAUCCACAGCAUCAUCUCCCGUGACCCCGACGUCUCCUUGGCCCCCGCCCUCGAGGGACGAGUUGCUCAAAGAUUGCAAUCCAUCGUUUAGAAGCAGAAUUACAAGAUCACUGAUUUAGAAAUUGAUUAGGCAUCCGGUUCUUGCAGGUGUGCCUUCAUAAUUUUGUGGAUAUAAGCCAACUGAAGAAUUGCAUCAUGCUCGAGGAUGCCAGACAGGAAGGACCAUGCAAGUAUGAGCACCUUGUCAGGCUGGAGUUCAUGUCCCACCAUUUCAUUUCAUCGGUGCAAGAUGAGGCGGACUUUGAGCAGUUCUUUAGUGCAGUCUCUUGGUCGGAGAAGGCGACACAGCGCACUCCGGAACUUGGCUUGGCCGCAGCCAUUUCCCUAGUCCGAAAGAGCUACCUGUUUUCUAUGCCUGUCAUUGCACAAGCUCAUUUUGUAUUGCUUGCAUCCAGAUGCGUUGGCAAUGGGGAUCUGGGCCUUCAUUUGCAAGUAUUUGAGAAUGCCAUGCAUGCUUAUUUGAUAUACUUGCCAGAAUUGGGUGUUUUUGACAGAACUAAUGUGGUGAAAAGCCUGUUUGGUCGCUUCGCCACCAUGAGACUUCAUAACUCUUGUAUCCAAGAUGGGACUAAUCAGAAGCUACAUUGUCAGAUCAAUAGGUUGUUUUUGUUCUGCAAGGCGCACUGCGAUGAUAGCCUGCAUGUCAAAGAGAGGAGUCCAUUUGAUAUAUUUCUGAGCUUCAUUGAGGAGAACCAGCAUAUCUUCCCUGAACAAUCGAGGCAGGACGCUGUUAUUAUUGUGAAGAAAAUCGUGUCAAAUAUCCUGGGUUGUGCUAACCAGAAGGACACAGAUGAAUCGGAUACUAAAGUAUCAGAGGAGAUGAUCUACCUUGCUGCUGUACUUAGGCUAAUGAGUUCCUCUUUUCUAGAGGUUCUUCACUUUAUUAGGAAAAUGAGGGUUGCAGGUGACAGGCUCCAUGAAAAUCAUAUAUUCCUUCGCAUAUCUAAAACCAUCAGCUUACUUGGGCAAUAUGAAGCUAAUGGACUUAACAUAGAUGACUUAUUUGGUAUGACUGAGAAGUCUGUUGACAAGGAAAACGCCUCAGUGUUGAUGCUUUUUCAUUUUGCUAGCCUAUUAGCCUUGUGUUUAAGAAUGAGGUUUGGUUUUCUGUGGAAAGCUUGCAUUGUCAUGAUCAUGAUGGCCAUGAAUCUUGUGAUUGAUGAAGAUAAAAGUCUGAGUACAUUUCAGUUUCUUAUUGCUUCAAAAGAGUCUGCAAUCUCCUCCAUUGACCAAGAGGCUUCUGCAAUCUCCUCCAUUGACCAAGAGGCUUCUGCAAUCUCCUCCAUUGACCAAGAGGCAUCUGCAAUCUCCUCCAUUGACCAAGAGGCUACUUUGAAGGGUUCUGCCAGGAGAAAAUCUUCUACAUCAAUAGCUUUGCAGUUCACUAACUUGCAUAAACGUUGUAUUCAGGAUGAUGCGGUGUCUGAUUGUGCUGAGGGCAGCAGGUCUAAAACUGUAGACGGAAAAGCCUUUUUGGAGUCCUAUCUUGGAAAGAACAAGUCCUCCGAGUGGGAUGAUUUGGUGGAUUAUGUCGAAUGUGAAGAUGGCAUGGAUUAUACAAGUUGGCUGGUGAAGCACGGGAAAUUCAAGGGGUUUAAGUAUGCCAAAUGGAUGCAGAGCAAGCAACCCAGUGCGGACAAGUCAGAGAAAAACAGGGAAUACGGUGCCAGUAAAAGUAAAAGACUGAAGAAGGCCUCACGGUGAGUCUUCUUGGUGAUUGCAUGGGUUGGGGCCUUAAGAACAGGCUGCGACACCACGGGAGCAGAGUGCCGCUCACGGCGGAGCCUUGUGUAUAUAUAGUUGUUAUGGGCUCAUUUUAGGGAAAGACCUGGGGACAGUUUGUAUGCUGACGUGCUGAUUAUUGGAUCUUUUUUUUAACCGUUA